AUGUUUUUUAAGAGUGAAAACCCUGAUAUUGGUGGUAUACCUAUAGUACUAGAUAUUGCCGAUGAUCUAAUAACAGGCCCUGACGGUUUUAUAAAUCAAGGUGAUAUUCAGUCAUUAACGCAAGUUGCGGAAAAUUUGACAACUCCAUCCUGUGGUACAGAUAUCGGCGUUUCGCUGCAGCCAGAUUUCGUCAAAACUGUUCUAAAUGCUUCUGUUGACGGCCGGGCAAUACUAGCUGCAGGCAAACAAAAUAAUAUACUCAAAAAAGCGCAGAGAAAAGAACUAUCUAGGCUUUCAAUCAGGCAAAUGCUGGCCAAUGAUCCAGCUUACAAAAUACAGAGCGUGACUUUCACCCGAAUCGCCCUUCAAAUAGUUUCCAUAUUCUCUAAGGAGUCUGCCUCUCUUUACUGCGCUUCAUAUCUAGCUGCGUCUAAAUAUCAGAAGAAGAAAAACGCCAGCGGCGUAUUAUAUGAAGCGUAUAUUUCGCGACGCAGGAAACUAAGAGAAUUAGGUGUACUUCCUCGAGGAAGAUCAAGGAGUAGCUCAUCUACAUCCUUGAGGCAAGAUUCUCCUAGACCAUCAACAUCGAGUGGUCCGGAACCAGAAGAACCUGGGAAGAACAAUAGUGGCAUAGCGAUACUUCUCCUGCUGCCUUAUCUAUUGAGUGUACCACCUGCAAUCAAGAAGCAGGGGAAACAAAUUUGGAAACCCUCACGAUCCGAGGUAAGGGAUGCUUUCAUAACCCAAGUUCCGACUGAGGCAGACAUACUGACGACUUCGGAGGCUCGAAAAAAUAAAUACAAAGGGUUAGGCCGAUCUUUUCAACCUUUGAUUGUCAUUGUUGGUCAAACCUUGGAAGAGGCAAACAGAUUUCAUGUCAUAGUAGAUGACAAAAUUUAUAAUUCUACUUCCGCAAUAGGGGCGGUUGACAGGGCUUUCAAAAUUUUUCAUGCAACUGGAGCUUGUUAUCCAGAAGAGGCAACCGACUUGUGGCUUUUGAUCCAAGUCGCUUUCUAUAAGAUAAGAACAAAGUACGAUAGGCUGUCUCAAUCCAUCAAACAUUUGUUGACAGACUUGGGACAACCUUUUGAAUAAUGUUUAAAUGCUAUGGCUGUCACCGAUUAUUUCAGUUGUCCUAUAGAUUAGUGAAACAUAUGAGAUCGCAGUGUGCAUCUUUGGCUGGUACUAGAGAAU